AUUUCUUUAAAUGUUCACAACUGCUGUUUAUUGAAGAAGAGCAUGUUCUGUGGUUUAGGGUUAAUAUGAAAGGAAGAGGUUUUCAUGAAUUCCGCCGCGAUCACUGCGAUUAAUCCUGACUGCUGUGGAGGGUUCGAUAAAGUGGACUUUAGCAAGGCAGACAUGUCGGUGUUGCACGAGGUAACGAAGCACAUUGAUUUGAAAGAGCCCAGUUUCUGCAUAGCUGUUAUCUCCAUCAUGUUCAACCCAUUCUUCUGGAAUGUGGUUGCCAGAUGGGAACACAGAACACGAGGUCUGACACGCAUGUUUAAAAGCCCUUAUGUGGCCUGCUACUGCCUGGGUGCUGUCAUUCUGCUUCUCAAUGUUUACCGCAGUCACAGUAUUACAGUAGCCAUGAAGAGCCAACCAAAGAUGGAGCUGCUGGACAGAGUGCAGGUGUAUUACAUGGGCACAGCUCUCAUGCUAGUCGGCUCACUGUUCGUUAUCAGUAGCUUCCUGGCCCUGGGCUUCACUGGGACUUUCCUCGACCGAUGGAUUGAACAGAAGGCUGGGGGCAGUUUUGUCCCAAACGGUGGAGGGGGAAGCAUGCCCCAUGCUGUACAUCAGCCGCAAGCUCUCCAUGCAGGAGAUGAAGUACAGCACCAUCAAUAACGAGUGCUUGGCCAUCAAGUGGGUGGUCCUCACCCUCCAUUACUACCUGCUGGGAAGCCUUUUCAUCCUCUGCUCGGCUCAUGCCCCACUCCAGUGGCUCCACCGCAUGAAGGAUGCCAAUGCCCGGAUUGCCCAUUGGUAUCUGGCUCUGCAGCCUUUUAAGUUCAAAGUGGUCCACAGAGCGGGGGCACAGAUGAUGGCAGCGGACUACCUCUCCCAGCUGGGGGGGAGUCAGCUGCAGGCUGGAUGGCUCCCUGGCCUGAGUUGGGCAAUGGGGGCAUAUGGCAGUGGGGGCAUGGUCAAGCGCCGGUUUGUGAAUGGAGAGCGAGGCCGGGGAAGGGUGAGUGGCAAAGAGGAAGCACCUGUUGGGAAUUAAUGUGCUGUGUGUGUGUGUGUGUGUGUGUGUGUGUGUGUGUGUGUGUGUGUGUGUGUGUGCAGUGAGAGGGAGCAGAUAAAAGGGGAGAGGAGCAAAGAGUGAGGAUCUCUUCCCCUGACCGAAAGCACGCCCGUGCAUUGGGACAGUGAAGCUUUGUCAAGGCCGGUGAAAAGCAAAUUUUGUUUUGAUUACCGGUUGAAAAUAAAAACCAAAAGUGAACUUGAUUCCACCUGCCUGUUUCAGUGUCCACUAUACUAGAGAGGCAUUACAAUAACCUAAACUUGAAAAAUCUGAAAGGCAGUCUACCUUUAAAUAGAAAUCUAGGAUUAUUUUUGUUAUCCUCUAUUAGGGUGGAGAGAUAUGUUGAUCUAGCAACACUAAGAGCUUUUUUGUACUUCAGGAAGCUCUCCUUCCUUGCUAAUUUUAACACUACCAAUGUUGUUUGAUGCCAUUUAUGUUCUAAUUUUCGAGUGGUCUGUUUUAAAGUGCAAGUGUAAUCGUUAUACCAAGGUGCUAUUUUUUUCUCUCUAAUAAUUUUUCUUUUAAGAUAAGUCUUUAUUGUCAUUGUAGAAAUCAGAGCGGGUGGGUGGAGCACAGAAGUACGGCAGGCCAGAACUGAGUUCAAAAACUCUUUUUAUUUGUAGCUUUUCAGCUUUUCACACUCUCCCAGUCACACACGCAUGCACACACACAAGUCGUCUAGUUGGGGAGAGAGAUCCCUUCCUCUGCUCUCUCUCCUUUUAUAGGGCGCGGUCACUGGGGAAGACACACAAACACAGGUUAACUAACAUCAGGUGCAGUGAUUCUGCCACUUACCUUCCCCGACUCCGCCCUCCGUUCACAGACCGACACUUGACCAUGCCCCCUCUGCCACAGUCAUUAUCACUUUUUUCAAAGGUACAACGAAAUUGAAGGUGCUGUUGACUCAUUAUGAGUUAUAGAAAAAAUAAAAACAAAUAAAGUAUAAAAAUAAAUAGUAAAGUAUACAGAAUUGCACUGGUAAAAUAGUAU